CACACCUCCCUCCCCCAGAAAACAGAUACUGGGGGCUCCGAAAAGGGCGAAGGGCCGUAAAUCAGAGUUGGACCUGUAAUUCUCCCCGCACCUAGGGGGCAACCAUGACCGAGGAGAGCUCCGACAUUCCCCGCGAGUUGAUAGAAAGCAUAAAGGAUGUGAUUGGCAGAAAGAUAAAAAUUGCAGUGAAGAAGAAAGUAAAGUUGGAACUGAAGGGAGACAAAGUUGAAAAUAAAGUACUGGUGCUUACAUCAUGCCGAGCCUUCCUUGUUACAGCUCGAAUCCCUACUAAGCUCGAGCUAACCUUCAGCUACCUGGAGAUUCAUGGCGUCAUCUGUAGCAAGCCAGCUCAGAUGGUUGUGGAAACUGAGAAAUGCAACAUUUCCAUGAAGAUGGCAUCUCCAGAAGACGUGAGUGAUGUGCUGGCACACAUUGGCACGUGCCUGCGGAAGAUCUUUCCUGGCCUCUCUCCAGUGAGAAUCAUGAAAAAAGUCUCCAUGGAGCCAUCUGAGCGCCUGGCCAGCCUCCAGGCUCUGUGGGACAGCCAGACCGUGGCAGAGCAGGGCCCCUGUGGUGGAUUUUCUCAGAUGUAUGCCUGUGUUUGUGACUGGCUUGGAUUCUCAUACAAGGAAGAAGUACAAUGGGAUGUGGAUACGAUUUAUCUAACACAAGACACCAGGGAAUUGAAUUUGCAGGAUUUCAGUCAUCUUGAUCACAGAGACCUAAUACCUAUCAUUGCUGCUCUGGAAUACAAUCAGUGGUUCACAAAGCUGUCCUCUAAGGAUCUAAAAUUGUCUACUGAUGUUUGUGAGCAGAUCUUGAGAGUGGUGAGUAGGUCCAAUCGACUAGAAGAAUUGGUAUUGGAAAAUGCUGGACUUAGAACAGAUUUUGCACAAAAACUGGCCGGUGCUCUAGCACAUAAUCCCAACUCAGGACUUCACACGAUUAACCUUGCUGGCAACCCACUGGAGGAUAGAGGUGUGGCCUCUUUAAGUAUACAAUUUGCCAAACUCCCAAAGGGACUGAAGCAUUUAAAUUUAUCUAAAACCUCACUGUCACCUAAAGGUAUACACAUGUACAAUUUUUUGGCCCAGCCAAAUGCCAUUGCUCAUCUGGAUUUAUCCAAUACAGAAUGUUCCCUGGAUAUGGUCUGUGGAGCUCUUCUCCGUGGAUGCCUUCAAUAUUUAGCAGUGCUCAAUCUCUCCAGAACUGUUUUCUCUCAUCGGAAAGGAAAAGAAGUCCCACCAUCUUUCAAGCAGUUUUUUAGUAGUUCUCUAGCUUUGAUGCAAAUCAACCUGUCUGGCACAAAACUGUCUCCUGAGCCUUUAAAAGCACUAUUACUGGGCCUGUCUUGUAAUCAUAGCUUGAAGGGGGUUUCUCUUGAUCUCAGCAACUGUGAGCUGAGGUCAGGAGGGGCUCAAGUCUUGGAAGGUUGCAUUGCUGAAGUACACAAUAUCACCCGCUUAGACAUCUCUGACAAUGGUUUAGAAUCUGACCUAUCUACCUUAAUAGUGUGGCUCAGUAAGAACAGAUCAAUACAGCACCUGGCGUUAGGCAAAAAUUUUAAUAAUAUGAAAUCCAAAAAUCUGACACCUGUAUUGGACAACUUAGUACAGAUGAUUCAAGAAGAAGACUCACCUCUUCAGUCCUUAUCCCUGGCUGACUCCAAACUCAAGACUGAUGUCACCAUCAUCAUCAAUGCCCUGGGAAGCAACACUUCUCUGACCAAAGUGGACAUCAGUGGGAAUGGGAUGGGGGACAUGGGAGCAAAGAUGCUUGCCAAAGCCCUGCAGAUCAACACCAAGCUCAGGACUGUAAUAUGGGACAAGAACAACAUCACUGCACAAGGCUUUCAAGAUAUAGCUGUUGCUAUGGAAAAGAACUACACAUUGAGAUUUAUGCCAAUUCCCAUGUAUGAUGCUUCUCAAGCUCUUAAAACGAAUCCUGAGAAAACAGAAGAGGCUCUACAAAAGAUAGAAAACUACCUGCUACGGAAUCACGAGACCAGAAAGUACCUUCAAGAGCAGGCUUACCGACUCCAGCAGGGGAUAGUCACCAGCACCACCCAGCAGAUGAUUGACAGGAUAUGUGUGAAAGUACAAGACCAUCUCAACUCCUUACGAAAUUGUGGGGGAGAUGCUAUCCAGGAAGACUUAAAAUCAGCAGAACGGCUCAUGCGUGAUGCUAAGAACUCUAAAACGUUGUUACCAAAUUUAUACCAUGUUGGUGGUAUGUCUUGGGCAGGAGCCAGUGGCUCAUUAUCCAAUCCAAUUCAAGAGACGCUGGAAUCAAUGGCUGGAGAAGUUACAAGAGUUGUAGAUGAACAACUAAAGGCUUUACUCGAAUCCAUGGUUGAUGCCGCUGAGAACCUUUGUCCCAAUGUGAUGAAAAAAGCCCACAUUCGACAAGACUUGAUUCAUGCCAGCACUGAAAAGAUUUCUAUUCCACGUACCUUUGUUAAAAAUGUCCUGUUGGAGCAGUCUGGAAUUGAUAUCCUUAACAAAAUUAGUGAAGUGAAGCUGACAGUGGCCUCCUUCCUGUCUGAUCGGAUUGUGGAUGAAAUCCUAGAUGCACUCUCACACUGCCAUCAUAAGCUGGCAGACCAUUUCAGCAGACGCAGCAAAGCUCUUCUUCAUCAAGAGUCCCUAGAAAUCGAACUGGCUGAGGAGAAGCCAGUGAAACGCUCUGUUGUCACAGUGGAGGAGCUAACAGAGGUAGAGCGCUUAGAAGAUCUGGAUACUUGUAUGAUGACCCCCAAAUCCAAAAGGAAGAGCAUCCACAGCAGGAUGCUGCGGCCAGUGUCCAGAGCCUUUGAAAUGGAGUUUGACCUGGAUAAAGCACUGGAAGAGGUGCCAAUUCACAUCGAAGACCCGCCUUUCCCAUCCAUCAGGCAGGACAAGCGAAGCUCCGGAUUUAUCUCUGAAUUGCCCUCGGAAGAGGGGAAAAAGCUGGAGCACUUUACAAAGUUAAGGCCAAAGCGAAAUAAGAAGCAGCAGCCCACACAAGCCACGGUCUGUGCUGUCAACAUUGUCUCUCAAGAUGGAGAACAGAAUGGCCUUAUGGGGAGAGUAGAUGAAGGUGUAGAUGAAUUUUUCACCAAGAAAGUGACCAAACUGGAUUCCAGGAGAUCCUCUUCCAGAGGCUCUGAGUCCCAGGAGCUUGGGGAAGGAGGAGAAGAAAAGAAAAAACGAGACUCUCGGAAAAGUGGCUUUCUCAAUUUAAUCAAAGUCCGGUCCAAGUCAGAGCGGCCACCCACGGUGUUGAUGACAGAUGAACCCUCUUCACCAAAAGGCGCUGUUAGAAGUCCAGCUGUGGACACUCCCAGGAGAGACACGAAGGCAGCUGAGCACAAUGGCAGUUUUGAACGCACCGAGGAGAUAAAAACCCCCGACUCCUUUGAAGAGAGUCAAGGGGAAGAAAGCGGGAGGCUGGAGCGUGCUGACAGUAGAGGCAGCCCACAGGGAGGGCGGAGAUAUGGGGUCCAGGUGAUGGGCAGUGGUAUGCUGGCAGAGAUGAAGGCCAAGCAGGAGAAGAGAGCCGCCUGUGUGCAGAAGAAGUUUGGGAAUGAUGCCAUCUCCCAGGAUUCUUCUAGCUCAGCCCUGGGCAACAUGGAACGAUUGGAAGGAGGUGGAGCAGUGCCUAAACUGCAUCCUGGUCUCCCAGAGAACCGCUUUGGUUUGGGGACACCAGAGAAGAACACUAAAACAGAACCCAAAGUGGACAUGGGCUCCAGGUCCCGGAAUUCGUCCAGUACACCUACAAGCCCGAAGCCCCUCCUGCAGUCUCCCAAGCCCAGCCCAGCAGCAAGGCCCUCCAUUCCACAGAAACCAAGAACCAUCUCCCGACCUGAAGACAUCCCAGACUCUCCAUCGGGCCCUAGUUCCCCUAAAGUUGCUCUUCUUCCACCUGUCCUGAAAAAAGUUCCCUCAGACAAAGAGAGAGAUGGCCAGAAUAGCCCCCAACCCAGUCCCAGGACAUUUUCACAGGAAGUUUCAAGGAGAAGCUGGGGCCAGCAGGCCCAAGAGAAUCAAGAAAAAAAGCAACGCUCCUCCAGUAGAGAUGGGCCCCCAGGCAGCAGGUCUAGUGACUCCGGAGAAGAGACUGAAAAAGAGUUUAUUUUUGUGUAAAAGUCACCCAAGCAGAAGUCUUCCUGGGCAGGGUGAUUUUGUCAGCCUUCAGAGAGGAACCAAGGGCAACACCUCUUCCCUUCUCUUGGUGCUUUAUUCUCUUCUCUUUUUUUUUUCCUUCUUUUUUCUUUCCUUUUUUAAGUGUAAAAACAGAUCAAUUUCUUGAUUAUCAAAGCACUUUUUUUUUGCCUUUCCCCUAAUUCUUGGCAUUUGAAUUCUCAAUAUUAUUUCUAUGCCCUCAAUGAAAGCCAGCAAUUAUACCAUGGGCCCUACUUGAAUUUCUCUGAGGCAGCUACAAACUGCCCUGCAAGAUGAAUUUUCAGAGGUUAACAAAGUAACUGGAUCCACAGUCACACAAGUAACUUCAUCCAGUAGACCAUAGGGGUACUGCUGAAUGCACUUGUGUCAAAUCUGCACAUAAUUCAAUAUAGCAAUUUAUUCUUGAUGUACGCAAUUGCACAUUGUAAUUAUAUUAACAGAGCACACUAAUAAAUAAUUUGUAUAAAUUAUAUAUAUUAGAUCUUGGGUAUGAUUUUUUUACAUUAUCCCAUGGAGAACUUCUUUCCUCCUGAUAUGGAAUUGUAUAUUAAAAGCUUGGUUGGUGACCUUCACAUACCAUCAACAAUCACAGCUUAAGAACAGAGUCAGAUAGGCCCAUGGCUUAUUUUACCCAUGUGCCCAGAUUAGUGUAUAUAUCCGAUUGAAAUGAGGUUUUAUGAAUAUCCAUGUUUUUGAAGGCCUUUAAUGUCUGUCUGCAUAAUAGCUUUUAAUGUGUGAUUUUAAGAGAGAAAUACUUUGACACCUGUAAAAUAUUGAAAUACAAUUCUUUAUAAGACAUUUCACAAAUAUUCACUUACAUUACAGGCUGAAGGUAUUUUAUUCAUAUGUAUUAUAUUUAUACCAAUAAAAUGA